GGGCUACCUGCCGGCGCGCUUCCCGCUGCCUUCCGGCCCCGCGCGGGGAAGCUGAGGCCGCGCUCCCACCUCCCCUCGGCGCAGCCUCGCACCUCCCGCCGCGUCACCCGUCGUUGCUCCCGCUCCGCAACGGCCGCGGGGUUUGGGCCUACCCAGCGGUCGGGCCACCUCCGCCCUCUCCGCCGUGACGAAUCGGCGCCCGGCUGGCAAAUUACCCAAAUUCGGGGAGUUUUGAGGAAACGUAUGGGGCCUGAAAAAAUCCUUGAUUGUACUAAGCACCACCGCGUCCCCACUAGAAGACUUACUUUUCUAAAGAGAGUCGGUUGGGGCCUUGAAAGGAAUUAAGAAGAGUGUUGAAAGUGCGAGCGCGGAAGCUCCGGACGCGAGGGGCGGGGCGUGCGCGGGACAAAGGGAAGCGAGGCCGGAGCUGCGGGCGUUUUUUCUGCCCGCGGUGUCUCAGAUUCAUUCUUAAGGAACUGAGAACUUAAUCUUCCAAAAUGUCAAAAAGACCAUCUUAUGCCCCACCUCCCACCCCAGCUCCUGCAACACAAAUGCCCAGCACACCAGGGUUUGUGGGAUACAAUCCAUACAGUCAUCUCGCCUACAACAACUACAGGCUGGGAGGGAACCCGGGCACCAACAGCCGGGUCACGGCAUCCUCUGGUAUUACGAUUCCAAAACCCCCAAAGCCACCAGAUAAGCCGCUGAUGCCCUACAUGCGGUACAGCAGAAAGGUCUGGGACCAAGUAAAGGCUUCCAACCCUGACCUAAAGUUGUGGGAGAUUGGCAAGAUUAUUGGUGGCAUGUGGCGAGAUCUCACUGAUGAAGAAAAACAAGAAUAUUUAAACGAAUACGAAGCAGAAAAGAUAGAGUACAAUGAAUCUAUGAAGGCCUAUCAUAAUUCCCCCGCAUACCUUGCUUACAUAAAUGCAAAAAGUCGUGCAGAAGCUGCUUUAGAGGAAGAAAGUCGACAGAGACAGUCUCGCAUGGAGAAAGGAGAACCUUACAUGAGCAUUCAGCCUGCUGAAGAUCCAGAUGAUUAUGAUGAUGGCUUUUCAAUGAAGCAUACAGCUACCGCCCGUUUCCAGAGAAACCACCGCCUCAUCAGUGAAAUCCUUAGUGAGAGUGUGGUGCCAGACGUUCGGUCUGUUGUCACAACAGCUAGAAUGCAGGUCCUCAAACGACAGGUCCAGUCCUUAAUGGUUCAUCAGCGAAAACUAGAAGCUGAACUUCUUCAAAUAGAGGAGCGACACCAAGAAAAGAAGAGGAAAUUCCUGGAAAGCACAGAUUCAUUUAACAAUGAACUUAAAAGGUUGUGUGGUUUGAAAGUAGAAGUGGAUAUGGAAAAAAUUGCAGCUGAAAUUGCACAGGCCGAGGAACAGGCUCGCAAAAGGCAGGAGGAAAGGGAGAAGGAGGCCGCAGAGCAAGCUGAGCGAGGCCAGAGCAGUACUGUUCCCGAGGAGGAGCCGGCGGCUAGUAAGACCCAAGAAAAGAAGGAAGACGAGAGCAUUCCGAUGGAGACAGAGGAGACACGCCUUGAAGAAACGACGGAAAGCCAGCAGAAUGGUGAAGAAGGCACGUCUACUCCUGAGGACAAGGAGAGCGGGCAGGAGGGGGUGGACAGUCUGGCAGAGGAAGGGACCAGUGAUAGUAACACUGGCUCAGAGAGCAACAGUGCAACCGUGGAGGAAGCACCAACAGACCCCGUACCAGAAGACGGGAAAAAAGAAUAAAUGUUGCCUUGUUUUAUGUGUUCUAAAUACUUUUUUAAAUGAAAAAAUGUUUUUUGAGUUUUAA